CUUCUGACCCGCCCUCAAACCCAGAGCACUAAGGAGAAGUGAAGUGAAGUGAAGUGGGUCCCGCUCAGCGCUCCGCUCAGCCCGCUACAGUGAGGUGAUCCGCUCAUGGAUCCCACUUAGCACGUCCUCCCAUCUGACCUGAACCGCCGCUGUGAGAGAAAGUUCCAGUUACCCGUGACCUCCUCAUGUGCAUCAUCUUCUUCAAGUUCGACCCUCGCCCCGCAUCCAAAAAUGCCUACAGGCUCAUUUUGGCUGCCAACCGAGAUGAGCUCUACAACAGGCCGUCCAAAGCUGCAGACUUCUGGGGCAGCAGCAAGGAAAUCCUCAGUGGUUUGGAUCUGGAGGAGGGGAAAGAAGGCGGCUCCUGGCUCGGGAUCACCAAGCGUGGCAAACUGGCAGCACUGACCAAUUACCUGGAGGGCAGACCCAACCCGGACGCCCAGGGGAGAGGAUUUUUGGUAUCAAAUUUCCUGACUGAUAGCUUGGACAGCUUCUCUUACCUGCGCAAGGUGGCUUCCGAGGGACACCUGUACAACGGCUUCAACCUCCUCACAGCUGACUUCAGGGCCAGCGAAGACACGGUGUGUUACUAUGGAAACAAGGGCAGUCCGGAACCCAUCCGCCUGAAAGCGGCAGGAAUCUAUGCCCUGAGUAACUCUUUGUUGGAGACCCCCUGGCGGAAACUGCAGCACGGCAAACGCCGCUUCACCAGCGUGGUGGACAAAACGCUGCCCCCUGAAGGCCUCGUCCAGGAACUGCUGCACGUCCUUAACGAUGAGGAGCUAAACUCCCCGGACCCCAUGCAGGAGAGUCAGGGGGUGGGCUACAGCAAGACCAUGCUCCAAGCUCUGUCUGCUGUUUGUGUGCGGUCACCGGGAUAUGGCACCAGGACCAACACAGUAAUCCUGAUUGACAGCGAGGAUAACGUGAGCUUCACCGAGCGCACCAUGCUGAACUGUGAUGUCACGCAGUGGAGCACUCAGUCCUUUCACUUCAAGCUACAGGAAUGAGGGUCACUGAGCCCCCAAAUCUGUGCCUUCAGAUCCUCAAGCCAUGCAUCACCACUGUCCAUACACACAGUCUCAGACUCUUUCCUGCUGAAGUGGUGGGGAUUCCUUGAUUCCAAUCAUGACUCACGCUUAGAGGGAAAGAUUUUUUAAAUGCACUUUUCUCCAAGUCUGUUCUUUGUUCAGUUUCAGAUGGGAGUAGAUGGUUCUGAGGAAGCGUGGCACAGCUGGACCCGAGGGCUAGAUCACCACGAUAUUUGUGACAAAGUGUUAUUUAUGGUGCACUGAAUGCAAUCUGUGAUCCAAGCUUGUAUUUAUCAGUAGGGAUACAAGAAAUGUCUUGCAUCAGCAUAAUCGGUGUUGAUAAAAUGUUACCUGCCAAAGAAGGAAUGCUUUGUUUGCAAUUGGGAGAAAAAUAAAUUACAUUGAGUUAAUUCUAGCUGUUCGAUUGUGCCUAAAAUUUUUGUGGUUUAGCUCACAAUUAGCAUGACCAACUCAGGAACAACAUGUCUGCAGAUCCUACCAACACAGAAGCUUUUCUUUCAUGUUGAAUACUUCUAGAAAGUCUUCUGUGCACAGAAUCUACAUUAAACCUAUUUUUUUUCCAUUUG